AAUUAUCGAUCUAAAGAGGCACACCUCCGCUAUUGUCAAGAGGGACAUGACAAUGGCUGCUCAUAAUGGCUUCUUGGAGAGGAAUGGUGUUCAAGCCAAGCUCUUGACAGCUCUGAGACAACUGUCAGUGCUGCAACCUGAAGAUCCAAUCACCUUUUUGUGUACACACUUUGAGAGCCUUGUGACACCUGCCAGUGAACCUAGUCAGGCGUGUGUGGAGCUCCUCAGGGAUGCAGAUGCCAUCAAUCCUGAACAGCUGGACUCGGCCGUUUACAAGGCGUUUAGAAUGCUCCAGGGCACGAAUAUUACGAGUGAUGUACUGGCUGGGAGAGUGGAAGGAGUUGCUGUGAACACAAUCCUCACAGAGCUGUGUGUAAACCUUGACCCUGUACUUUCUGCUUCACUGUUGGGCAAGCUCAAGGUGUCCCCUGAAGCUCUCCACUCCUUCCCUACCUUCUCCAGCAUCCUCACUCCACGCCUCAAGCUGCAGGCUUAUCUGAAAAUGGCCAGACAAGUGUUUGAGUCAAUAGAUGUGCACCAAACAGGGUCCAUACAGGGAGAGAUGGGGGAGGAGCUGCUCUCCAGACUGAAUGGCUCCAUAGCCAGCACCAGUGCUGAGAUGAAUGCAGCUGUGGUGAUGUCACCUUCAGAUGUGACAACUAUCCUCCAGAGGAGUGGUCCUAGCAGCGGGGGUACCAUGACACUGACAGAGUUUAAGACUGCAGCAGGACAGAUAUUCAUCAACCAUAUUCCAAUGAGAGUAUAGCCUUGGUUAUAUAUAUAGAACACUCAUGAGGGACGUUAAUUCAUGCUAACAUUCUCCAAUGUAUCACUUAUUGUUAUAAAUGUGUGUGUAAAAAGAUUGAAUCUUUGCUGGAAUUUCACUAAAUAAUAUUCUCUCACCUCCCUUUUUAUUCAAACAUUAUAAAAAAUAUAA